UGUGAGAGUUAAAGUAUAUCUGAUUGUGUGUCUUUGUCUGUGUGUGACUGAAGCCUGAACAGCUCUUUUAAGGAGGAAGCCACUUCAAAACCAGCAACAUCUGACUAUAGAAGUCAGAAGAAGGCGGGAUUCACCUAUAUAUCUAUACCGUUUCAUUUACAGUAACACUGAGGGUUGGCUUCACGCCCAGACAUGCAGACUGGAAACACAAGUUUUGCAGCCUCAGUGAUUUGGCUUGUGAUUUCAGUGGGUCUGUCAAAAGCAGUGGACAACAUGGAGAGGAAUACAGCCACUUCUGAGAGAGCCGUCCGUCAGUCCCAGUCUCUGUGUGCUGGUGAGCAGCAGUACGUUCACGAGAGGAAACAAGUAGUUCUGGAGUCACUCGGCAGCCUGGGGAUCAACUGCACUGCUGAUUCGGUUCCCCACAUCGCUCUGCUGGCAUCAGGUGGUGGUCAGAGGGCAGCUGUGGCUCUGGUGGGUUCCCUCUAUCAGAUGGAGAAGGAAGGCCUGUUGGACACUCUGCUCUACAUGGGAGGAGUUUCUGGGUCAACGUGGUCCAUGUCCUCCAUCUACAGUGACCCACAGUGGAGCACCAACAUGGACACAGCAGUGUCCAGGCUGUCAGGUCCUGGGGUCGAGUUGAAGGAGGCUCUGGCCUGGCUAGAUGAGAGGGCAAAGGAGGAGCAUUUCUCGCUCACUGAUAUCUGGGGGGUGUUGACUUCUGCUGGGAUCAUGAAACAGAUGGACCUACGGCGUCUUUCAGAUGAGGCCAGCAGAAAUGCCACCAACCCUUACCCCAUCUACUGCGCCAUAGAGAAGCACUGCUUCUCACACGGGCCUAUAGAAGCGAAAUGGUUCGAGGUGAGCCCUCACGAGGCUGGUUUCACAGAGUUGGGUGUCUUCAUCAAUACUUCUCUCCUGGGCAGCAAAUUCCAGAGUGGAGAGCUACUGGAGCAGAAGCCAGAGAUGGACAUGGUCAAACUACAAGGUGUUCUAGGAUGUGCGUUGGCUCAUGAGGAGACAAUCAGAGAUUUCAUCCCUCCCUGGCUGAAUGUGCCUGGACAGAUAGACAGCGCUGCUGAAGAGUACCUGCGUAUAAACUAUGCCAUCGAUGCGCUAGUAGCCCUGACCAGAAGCAUCAUUAAGGAUCCUGCUGCUCUGUCUGAGCUGGACAAGCUGCAGAAAAUACUAAAUGACGAGGUAAAUCUGAAUAAGUCAGCGUUGCUGGAGUCAAAGAGUGCGGAGGAAAGGAAAAGUCUUUUUCAGCAGUGGAGUCGGGAGCUGCUGGCGGCAGUAGAGACCUGGAGCCAGUCUCUGGAGGACGGAGAUUUCAAAACACACGUUUCUCUGCUUACUAAGCAAGUCCUUCCCAUGAUUAUGAAAUGGGAGUGGGGAACUACCACAAACUUCCUCUACCAAUACCAAGAUUCCACGGUUCCUACUUGCCUUCGCUCGCAAGAAAGUUUCCACCUGGUAGACGCCGGGCUGCUGAUUAACGUAGCCUACCCUUCAUUUCUGGGAGACAAGAGAGACAUUGACCUCAUCAUCGCACCAGAGUACAGCGCUGGAAACCUGUUUGAGACUCUGACUCUGACCAGAGCAUAUGCAGCGGCAGUGAAGAAGCCUUUCCCCGAGAUAAACGACACAAUCCUGGAGGAGAAAGACUGGCCGAAGGACUGCUAUGUGUUUGAGGGAAAAGAGAAGGAGCCCACCGUCGUUUACAUGCCGCUAUUCAACAGACGCAACUGUAAAGAUGCAGCAGAGGUCAAAGCAAAAAUGGAGGAAUUUUCCACCUUCCAGCUUCCCUUCAGCCAGGACAAGAUCGAGUUUGUGUUGGAGACGGCGAAAGUCAACAUGAAGAACAACAAGGAAACUCUGCUGAGGGAGAUUAACAAGGCCGCUCUCCGCCGACACGACAAGAGGACGUCUGUGCUGUCCUAGAUCAGGAUUAUAAUCCAGAGAGCAUAACAACGACCAAUACACACCCCUGUAAUGUAACAGCAUGUAACCAUCAUUUUUUUUAUUGUACUGUAUGUACGCUUUAUGGACAAAAGUAUGCAGACAUCCCUUUUUUUUCAUGGCUCUUAGUUCCAAUGGAGGGAAAUGUUGCUAUUGCAAUAAUUGGCAACAAUUUGAGGAAGGCCCUGUGAUUCAAGAUUCAACACUCAAGAGUUAUAUUUGUCACGUACUCAUACAGGAUGUGCAGUGAAAUGUAAAGUGGCAGUGCUCACGAGAUUGUGCAAAACAACAUCAAUUAUACAAAUAUUUUAAAGGUCCCAUAUUGUAAAAAGUGAGAUUUUCAUGUCUUUUAUAUUAUAAAGCAGGUUUAAGUGCUUUAUAAAUACUGUUAAAUUAUCAAAACGCUCAAAAUACGGAGAA